CAACUUCCACCACGGGAGGAGAGUAAUCGCGCGGAGAAUGAGCGUCAAGUCUCACGGGCAAGGUACAACCUAAGACCGCGAAGAGGACCUAAUCUCUGGGCAAAUCAAAUCACGACUUCGAUAGGCAGCGCUCCACUUAUUCUAGCCAUACUUCUGAGUCUAAUGUGUGUGGGAAUAGGGGCAAAUUCAAGUCAUGAGACUCAUUCCUCCGAUAUAAGUAUAACGAGACAUAUUCGUUGCAUCCAAGGGGGAGUAGAAAUCAUUGCCCCAGAGGGAGAUCCCUAUGAAAUCUGUGUGGAGGGGUCAUGCACUACCUUCACGAAACCUCGCGCGGCCGAAAUAAUACGUUUUGAACCCCAAGUAGUCCUUCAUGAACAUGAGGUUCGGUGGAAAUUCAUAGAAAAUGCACUGGUCAAGGCAAUAGAGAUCACUUGCCCUGCAGCUCCGUUUCGCGAAGUAUUGAGUGCAUCUUUAUGCUCAGCCGCUGUGUUCAAUCCAGAGUGUUGGCCGAGAUCAGCGAUUGCAGUAACAGCACUAUUUCUUUAUUGUCUUAUAGCGGGUUGUUACGUGCUCUUGUAUGUACCAGUUGUAAUUGGACGCCCUGUCAGAAUUGUAGCUAGUUGUCUCGUCCGAAUACCAAAGUUCUGCGUCGGUAGAGCACUAAACUCGAUAGGAUUUGGUACAAACCAACGUCGUCAAGGUCGAAGACGAGACAUAGCUGAACUGCUCGCAAUUGUAACACUAGGAUGGGUCGAUCAUUUCGACGCAGUAAAAGGAAGAGCGCGAUCAUAUUUCCUUUAUAUGCAUCCGAACAUGCCUAAUAAGUUAGGUGGAUUCAAGUUCACACUUGCCUCUAUCACCGUGCCACCUAUUCCGCUCCUUAGCACACGGUUUGUGACAGAUGGAAUUGGAGAAGCGCUAUGGCACAAUGAGAUCAAAUCACCAUUGCUAUUUCCUAACAGAACUGCUGCGGAAAACCUUUGGUGUGAAAUCAACGACGAUUGUCAGUGUUAUCCUGCUGUGAUAAAAGUUAACUGCAGGUGCAAACAAGUAAAUAUUUCGGCGCGGUUUACGAAUUUGCAACACUAUUUACCAAUAGCAACACCUUCGGUCAUAUUACGUAGCAGCAAUGGUGGGGUACAAGCUAAAAUCCCAGUGAUGACCACCUCAGAAAUCACGCUGUCGAUAGAUGAUAGACUAGAAACCACCGUAAUCGUCCAGGACAGCGUGUGCAGCAUAGAGAACGCAGAAUUGCCAGGUUGUUACAAUUGCGCGAAAGGUGCUGUAACUCAGGUCAGAUGUACGGCGCCCAAACAGAGCCAAGCGGAAGUGAGAUGCGACCAAUCGAGCUUCUCUAUUCUGUGCGAUGAGAAGGGCAUUGCGACGAGUCUAAGAUUUAGCUUCAACAAAGCUAGAGUCUUUUUGAAAUGUUCUGUCUCUUGCAGAAAAACCAUUUCCAGUUUUGAGCUUAGCGGAAUACUGAAUUUCGCGCAUACGACUCAUGGCAUGAUGAGCAUGUGGAUGUCGGGAAGCGCGAAUGACAAUUCAGAGCUUCAGUGGACUGAUUUUGGUCACAUAUUGGACGUAUUCACUCAUUGGUACAAAACGGUCAUCACCGCGAUUUUCCUGGUCGGGAUAUUAGUUUUCUGUACCUUUAUUCCUCUCCACCUGUGGGUUACGCCCUUUGUGGUUUACCAUAAGGCAGGUAACAAGAUUCCUACGACGUUAGCAAAUACUUAUGCACCGCGACUUGUCAGCAAGGAGAUAAUUCUCCGCAUGGGUACUCGUUACGUCCUCUCGGAUCUCCUCUAUCACCACCAAGUCCAAGGGGGGAGGCUCUCGCAGAGAAGGAGAGAUGAAUGGUUGCGUGCCGCGCAUGAGCAUGACGUUCGUAGUUAUCAAGUGUUGGCGUUAACAGAUGAAUGGACAAGGCGCAUGGAGAGGGACUAUUGGAGAAAUGAGGACAAUACAGGAGAGAUUAGCCAACUGAAAGAGCAAGUCGAAGCCCUUACGAUGAAUCACAACACAGAGAGGCCAAUCGCUGUCGAGAAUUCGAGCCAGGACGAUACUUCUCAAGUUAGCCACCCAGAAGAAAACGAAGACGACUACUGGGUGAGAAUGGUGCGCGAAGUAACGGACCCCGAAGAACCAGCGGCUCCGGCUAAAGGCGACGGAGAUAACAGUGGUCCUAGGCGCAAGUGUAGGAAGGAGGAAGCGAAUAAGCUGUCUCCGAAUUGUGCCACGUCGCCUAUUGUGGCUGAA